AUGGAUGAUUUCAGUAAGCUAUCUAUCCUUGAUUUGGAUACAACAUUCAAAGAUGAAGACCUUAAUGCCAUCUCUAGCUUAAGCAUUUCUGAAGAGGAACAAAGGAUAAAUGAUGCUAGCACUCUUCCUCCACAAAUUCUAAACAAAUUUAUGCCUCAUUUUCCAAGUAGUCCUUCUCCUUUGCGUCAGUCAGUACUUAUAGGCAAUGAAUGUGAUAAGAUGGAUGUUGAUGAAAUCGAAACAGAUCCCUUUGAUGAUCCUGAAAUUCUUAGUGACUUGGAUAACGAUGAGCUUCCUGGUGACAAAGAAAGUGAAAAUGAGCAGUCAGUGUCACCAAGUGUCAACGGAACUGUGGUUUUAAAGGCUCUUUUGUCUCCCACUAGUCUUGGUGUUGCUGCUGCAACAAAGACGGAUAACUACGCAGUUGCUACAGAACUUUCAAAUAGCGAACAAGUCAUCACUUCUAUUCCGGAAAUCACAGAAUCAUGCGGAUAUAGUCUCUCAGAAUCUGAUUUUGCGAACUUGCGACAAAGAUCUCAAUAUCAACCCGUUCAGGUGGCUAUCAACAAUCACCAUUAUUAUUAUCCCUCGCCCCAUAUUCCAUACGAAGACCCUUUCGUUGAAGCACCACUUCAGCUACCUAAUCCAUGGUCAUCAACUUCGAAGCCUGCAUCCAGGAGCACAUAUGCCUUCGUAUCAUAUUUGCAGCUACUGUUAAAUUCGCUCACCCUUCUGGUUAUCUUUUCGUUCCUAACUCUAUUCGUACGCGCUGUGAAGUCAGAUUUGAGAUCUGCUUGGCAACAUACCAAGGAGGAAUUUGACUUUGAAUCCUCGAAAUGCAGAUCCCAAUACUUGGCCAAUAAUUGUGGACCAGAGACAGUAGUGCCCGCGCUUGAACACCUGUGCAACGAAUGGGAAAAGUGCAUGAACAGGAACAAUGAUAUCUUUUUCCGUGCAAGAUCAACAAUAACUGCGUCAAUGUUUGGAGAUAUAAUUAAUUCCUUUAUAGAACCUCUGGGCUGGAAAACGCUAAUUGUGAUAUCAAUUGGACUAGCAAUAUGGUGUUUUAGUUCAAAUUUUAUCCUGGGUUAUGCAAGAGCCAAAACCUACUACAGCAAGCACAAUGAUCAGAAGGCUAUUCAAAACUGA